AUGAAUGAGACCGAAAUAGACAAGGACGCCACCAUCAUAGCACGAAAAGUUGGAGAGCAGAUGGUCGUGCUAAUGGACCCAACAGAAGGUCCCGAUGAUGUUCUUCGCACCAAUAGAUCACGAGAAAAGACCUUUAUAUUUGACACGGUCUUCGAUAUGGAAGCAACGCAGGAAGAGGUGUAUAAAUCAACAAUCAAAGACCUGAUUGAAGGAGUGAUUUCUGGCUACAAUGCUACUGUGUUUGCAUAUGGCUCAACAGGUACCGGUAAAACAUACACUAUGCUCGGGAUGGACUGUGACCCUGGGAUAUACAUCCGAACACUGAAUGACCUCUUCAAAGCCAUUGAAGGCACUAGUGACAGUAUGGAUUAUACCGUGUCCAUGUCCUAUCUGGAGAUCUACAAUGAUAUAAUACGUGACCUCUUAAACCCUUCUUCGGGAGUUCUGGAACUCCGAGAAGAUGCCAAAGGUGUUAUACAGAUUGCGGGAAUAACAGAGUUUUCUACCAGCAAUGCUAAUGAGAUAAUGCAGUUGUUGAGAAAAGGAAACAAGCAACGCACUCAGGAGCCAACAGCUGCCAACAAGACAUCUUCCCGGUCUCAUGCAGUUCUCCAGGUCACCGUGAGACAGAAAAGCAGAGCGAAGAACACAAACGAAGAAGUUCGAAUAGGCAAACUGUUCAUGAUAGACCUCGCAGGCUCCGAAAGAGCAUCCCAGGUCACUCAGAACCACGAGAAGAGAAUGAAAGAAGGAGCUCACAUUAACCGCUCCCUUUUGGCCUUGGGAAACUGCAUCACAGCCCUAAGUGAAAAAGGGAGUGGGCGAAAUCAUCACGUCAACUUCCGAGACAGCAAACUCACGCGGUUAUUAAAAGACGCAUUAGGUGGGAACAGUAGAACGGUCAUGAUUGCGCACAUAAGCCCGGCUAGUACUUCAUUUGAGGAAUCUCGCACGACCCUCAUCUACGCAUACAGAGCAAAGAACAUUAAAACAAGGGUAAAAAGAAAUCUACAGAAUGUCUCCUACCACAUAGCUCAGUACAACAGCAUCAUUGCCGAACUCCACAAGGAAAUUGAGCGUCUGAAAGAGACAGUGAAGCAGCACGAAAAAGAACAGAAACCAAACGGUGCCGACAGUGAAAAUGUGCAAGAGGAAUCUGAGCAGAUCUGUUGCUCAUUCCAGUCCAAUGAGAUGAACAACCUCCGACAUCAGCUCGUCAGUGCGUUUGAAGAUCAGAUGGAGAUGAGACGCAGCCUCAUGCAGCUGGAAAACUCCAACAUAGAACUGCAUAUUGAUACCUCCAGACACCUCGUUACUAUUGCAGACUGGGAACAGGAUAAAGCCCGACGUGCUUCCAAACUUCAAGAGAAGUUCAGGAACAAGGUGGCUGAUGACAUGGACACAGAAGAAGAGGAGGAAGAAGCUGAUUCUCCCGAACCCCAUGAAGUCAUGGUGGCCAGAGAAGAAAUUAACAUGCUCCUUGCGGAACAGAGGAAAACUGCCGCCCUUAAGGCUGACCUGGAAAAGCGGUUAGCAGAGACAAAACUCAAAGCGUCUCAACUGGAGCAGCUACUUCCGAAGCAGAUCACUAGCGGGGAUCAGCAAGAGGUUCUGAAGUUGCUUUGCAGAGUUCACGAGCUAGAAGUCGGGAACACUGAGUUGCAGGCCAAGUCCUUGUGCAAGGAGAACCUCCUCUAUCAGAAGGACUUUGUGAUCCUGCGUUACCAACAGCACCGCGCUCUGUGUGAAGAAAUCAUUCAAUGCCAACGGGCGCUGAUAGAAGACAAUAAGCUUCAUGUUCCAGAUAGUGUAGAAAAGCUUUACCGGGUGUACUCCAAGGAACUUGAGGAAGGAACUUUAAAUCGGCUACAGCAGCUUCAUUCUGUCUUAUCAAGUACACUUGGGAAUGGACCCACGGAAAACAAGAAGGACCUCCAUGGGCUUGGAAAGUCGUGUGUCCACUUAGAUAUUGAGCAACUUCAAAAAGUGGUAUCCGACGGUAGGAAACAUGUUCAUUCCCGAGCAAAAGUUGAUCUUCCACCGAUUGUGUGUGAAUCAGGCAGCGACAGUAAAACACCCAAAUCUACUCCCAAUUUGAUUCAAACACGGGAGAAUUCCAGCCUGACUCCUACCAUCUUCCAUCCAGCAAGAACACCAAUACGGCAGAACCCAAACACGCAAAACUUGAUUUUGCGCAAUCAUCUGCAUACAGAGAGGAGAGGCUCCCUAUCAUUCCCUCCGUUGGUUGCUGAACCUGAUGAAAUAGCUAUUGGAACCAAGAGCAUUUCUCUAGUAGCAGCUAGAAGACGCUCAAGGGUUCUUGGUCAGGAGUCCUCGUUCUUCCAAGAACAUACAAGCAGCCUUAAACCACUGCAUGCUCUGGAGCCAAAGGAUGUUCAGUCUAAAUGUUUUCAUAGCCCCUUAAGGAAAAAAAAUGAGAGACAGUCCUUAGAACUUCCAACAAGAAAUGACUUUAAGAAGGAUCUUUUUCCACUCAAAUCAAAAAAAGGGCUAAUGAGCGAGAAAAUUAUUGAAAGAAAGUAUCACAACCAAAGGUCUCGUUCAUUUGAAGCCAUCCGUGCAGAGCUCCCGAAGGUGAAGCCUCAAAGCCUACACAAGCAUAACAACAUCACUCAUCCCAUUGCAACUUCCAUUGGAUUUAGGUUGAAGACUUUUGUGAGGCCCAGCAACAUCAGCCAUAUUCCCAGCACCAUUCCAGUGGUGGUCCUUAAGGAAAUAGAUCAAAGUAAAGGCGGAUUGCAGAUUCCCAAGGCCAGUCAGUCACCGCCAAGCACGGUUCAUCUCAACAACGUGGUCCACAGCAAGGUCAAACCCUACGCAGGAGAUUUAAAGGUCCCAGGGAGGUUGUAAUGAGCCAGGCAAAUACAACUUUCUCCAACAAUAUUUAAAUGCGUUCCCAAAGAGACAUUCAAGAUCAACAGAAACCAGAAAGCGGGAACAGAAAAUAAGCAGGAUAGCUUUGUGAAGAUUGACAAGACAAAGAUUUGAAGGUCAUAGACCGGACAACCCCAGUACACGCCAAACCACCACUUUACCUCCUGGGAACAUUGUUCGUAGUAUACAUUUUGAGGAUCUGGACACGCAAAAUAAAAUGUCAACUCUUAAGCUAACUGUCCUAUUGACUUGCAUGGAGAGAAGCAAUGAUAUGCAACCUAGCCCCCCAGGUGGAUACAAUAGACUGUAUGCCAUCAACUGUGGACCUUGUGCAUUGCAAGUUUAAAGGUUAACCGAUAACCCAUGAUUUUUUGUAGAGCUUCAUAACUAAGUAGCGUAGUUAGCAGUCUUUAAACCGGUGUACAUAGC